AUGGCUCGUAUGUUUCGGAGACACUAGCAGUUUGAAUGGAAGAGUAGGGGAGAUUGAGGACAUGUGAAUGAGUGGGAGCAUCGACAAUUUGGAAAAAAAAAAGAGAACAAGCAAAUCAUUGAUGUUCAUGACUGAAAAAAAACCACCAUGCACCUCCUUGGAAUGACCAUCUUUAGGUGCAAGGAGACGCUGUUUAUGGUUUUUUUUUUUUGAAAAAGAGGCGAGGGUCUCAUGAAGGAUUUUGGUUUUAUUAGUGGAGAGUACUGGCGAUGCAAUGCAAAGUGAGGACCAAAUCGACGGGCAACAAUCUGGGUGUACUGACCAAGUUCAAAUUCGAAAAAAAAAAAAUUGAAUCAUUUGGUCGAGGAAAUCAUGGUGUGCCAGGGUCUUUCCUCCAGCUAUUAUGAUCCGGUCCGCAGUCCCCAGUUCCACGUCUCAGUCUACUCCCUUUCCUCUCCUUUCUUCCAGGAAAAAACCCUCCAACAACUGUUACUAACAAUAUCCCAUCUCUAGCAACCACAAAAGCUUCAGCAGCAAAGAAAGCCGCUCUUAAAGGUACAAACUCCCAAAAAGUCACCAAGGUGAGAACCUCGACCACAUUCAGAUUGCCAAAGACCUUGAAGUUGGCCCGUUCUCCCAAAUACCAGAGAAAAUCCGUACCACACUACAACAGAUUGGAUGCUUACAAGAUCAUCAUCUCGCCAAUUGCUAGUGAAACCGCCAUGAAGAAAGUCGAGGACGCCAACACCUUGGUUUUCCAAGUCGACAUCAAGGCCAACAAGCACCAGAUCAAGGCUGCCGCUAAGGAAUUGUACGAUGUCGAUGUCGACUAUGUCAACACUUUGAUCAGACCCAACGGCACCAAGAAGGCAUUUUUGAAGUUGACUGCUGACCACGAUGCUUUGGACAUUGCCAACAAGAUUGGUUACAUCUAA